AUGAAUGAAAUGAUAGCUAAUGAAACACUUUUAAAAUUAAUAGAUGAAUUACAUGUAGAAGACAUAGAAUCAUUUUUGAAAUCAGAUUAAUAAAUUACUUAGAAGUAUUAAUUAGUAAAGGAUCAAAAUGUAUAUGGAUUGAUAAGUGUAUUAGAAAAUGAACUUGGGGUUGAUAAAACUUAGAUUUUGAAUGUAGCAUGGAAGUUUAAGAAAAACUUAAUCCUUACUCGUUAUAAUUUAACAUUUAUUACUAAAGAAUAAGCACUUGAUUAUCAUAUAUCAUAUUAAAAGUUUUUAGAAUGGAAAACAAAACCUGAAAAUCAAUCCUAUUAACCAUUUUUUAAAAUUAAAAUAGAGUUCACAAAGCCAUAAAUUGUAUUUAAUUAAGAUAAAGCUUAUUAGUUUUAUUAAUAAAAUACAAGCCAAUCGACAACAAUAUAGAAUAACAAAUUUAUAACAUUUUAAUAAUCAUAAAGUAAUACAUAAUAUCAAAAAGAAGUAAACUAAAUUAAAUUUGCAUCACCUUAUAAUCCUAUUCAGAAUUAACAAUAAAUUCCUUUAAAGUAACAGUCUAUUAAUUAACAUUCAAUGUUUUAAUCUCCUUAAUUUUCUAAUUUAUACUUUAACCCUAAAGCUAUUAGUAAUAAUCAUUCACAAUCUAUACCUUGUUUAAAAAAUUAAUAAGAUUAAUCCUUCCUCAUUAAUAAACUAAAGAUUUAAUAAUUUAAUGUUUAACCUAACAAUUUUAGAUUUAAUACUUUUUAUAAUCUUAAAACAUAAAAUGAAAUUAAAAAAUAAUCUUUUCCGUAGAAUUAUUUAAUAGAAAAAAAAUCAGAAUUAGAGCUUUCAAAAGAGCUCCCAGGCUAGAACAAUUCAAAAGAAUUGGAAAAAUCAUACAGAAAAACAAACCUGGAAUAAUUAGCAUAAAAUUGCAUUUUGUUAAAGGAGAUAAAAGGUAAAAAAGUUACUUUAUAAAUUCGAAAAUAUCCUCAAUAUACUUAAAAUGAAUUAUAAGAUAUUAAUUUAAUGAAAACAAUUAUGAUUAUUGGUGAAACAGGAGUUGGUAAAUCAACUCUCAUAAAUUUCUUUUGCAAUUUUUAUAUUGGUGUUGAAUUUGAAUUUCCAUUUAGGUUCUAUUUAGUUGAUGAAACCAAUGAAACUGUUUUCAAAUAAUCUUAGGCAGUUAGUAAAACUUCAGAAGUUAUAAGUUAUUAUUUAAAAGGCUCAAAUGGUAAACCACCUUUAAGGAUAAUUGAUACUCCAGGAUUUGGAGACACAAGAGGAUAAAAUUUUGAUAAAAUUAUCUCAGAAAGAAUAUCAGACUAAUUAAAAGAAUUAGAAUAAUUGAGCCUUAUUUGUUUUGUAAUUAAAUCAAGUCAAAAUAGAUUAACUCUUGAUUAAAUUUAUAUUAUGAAUAGCUUAUUACAACUUUUUGGUAAAGAUGCUGUAGAGCAUUUCAUGUUUUUAUUUACAUUUUCUGAUUUUGAAGAGCCAUCAGCCUUGUAAGCUUUGCUUUUUGAAGGAAAUUCAGUAUAUCAAGGUAGUCCUUUUGCUAAUAUAGUACCUAAAAUUGAAGCUCCAUUUUGGUUACAAUUUAAUAAUUAGGCAUUCAUAAGUUUAGAAAGGAAAGAAUUUAUUAAAAAUUCAUGGAAUGAUACCUUCUAAUAAUUUUAAAUACUAUAUUUAAACAAAAUUUGCAAAAGUAAAUUUCUCAAUUUAACCUUGACCAAAUAAGUUAUAGAAUAAAGAAAAUAAAUUAUGGAUAUAAUUGAGAAAUUAAAAAAAUAAAUUCAAUAGUCAAUGAAUUUAAUAAAUGAAAUUAAUACUGCUUCUAAUAUAAAUGAAAUCCUAAAAUCUGAAUAACUCUAAUCCAAAACAUUUUGUGGUUCCCUGAUCAAAGAAUUAUUGCUUACUAUUAAUAAGUUUAAUUAAAUUGCUUUGUAACCAUUUACCAAAGAUUUUUAAAAAGAAUGUCUGGAUAUUUUAAUAAAAGAGGAGGAUGAAUAAAAGAAUGAUGGUUAUUAAAUGCGAGUUUUAGGUUUAUAAGAUAUCAAAGAAUUAUGGAAUUCAUAUUUAAUUUAAUGA